AUGGAUAUAGUGACGCUUGUAUCUACUCAACAUGGUCUGUACUCUUUAGAUGUUAAUAAUGGACACUUAUGUAAAGGCUACAAAGAUAGUACGACUUCAAGAGCUGGGGUCUCGUAUUUUGGGGAGUCUUACAGCUAUAUAGCAGCUUUUCAGCAAAACAAAGCUGUUUUACACAUAUGGAAUACAACAAAAAGCGAGCCAAUAUAUAAGGCUGCUAUGCCAGAAGUAAUUACAAGCUGUACAUUCCAAAAAGAUGGAGGAGUACUAUAUGCUGGUGGUACAACAGGAACACUCUAUGUCUGGGUAAUGAGUACUGGGCACCUUGCUAAAUGCUGGCUAAGUCAUUUUAAGUCAAUCAACAAAAUAAUAUUAAUAAGAAAUGAUUCAUUACUCGUUACUUCUGCUGAUGAUGGAUACAUACAGGCUUAUUACUUAUCCGACAUUUUUAGUAAUAAGAAUAUUCCAAGUCCCCUUGCGAGAUGGCCAAUACAUUGCUUGCCUGUUAGGGACUUCGUUCCAAGAAACUUAGCUAGUAAUUUGUUUGACUUCUUUCUUAUAAGUAUAGGGAGUGACAGAACUAUUAAUGUAUUGAGUUUUCAAAAAAAUCGACCUCUUGCAACGGUGGUUUUACCUUAUUUACCUAGUUGUUGUGAAAUUAGUUACUGCGAUAACUAUGUUAUAAUUGGAACCAAUAAUGGAGAAAUAAAUAUUAUUGAAACUGAAAACAUUAAAAAUUCUGAUUCAUCAGCUACUUUGAAGUUGAUUGGUCAUACAGGCACUGUUAAGGCUUGUCGACUUGCGAGUAAUCGUUUGGUAUCAUCUGCCAAUGAUGGUAUUAGAAUCUGGGAUAUUACUUCUCAAACAAGUCUCUUACAUCUACCACAAUUUGGAGCUUCAAUUAUCUCAAUUAUAAAUUCUUCUUUGCAAUACAAAGACAAUGAAAACUACACUCUAUAUUUCAGGCCAUUUCAAAAGAUUUUGACAAAUAUUGAGUGUAUGAAUGAAGUAAAUAUAACAUUGAAAUCAAGAAAGCUCAAUUUAAUAAGGAAUAUCAACGACAGUCUAAUAAAUCGUGAUUUCCAUUCUUAUUAUUAUGCAACUGUUGCUAUGAUAAGAAGAAAGCUUACUGACAACUUAGAUUUAGAUCGAAGUACAGGCAGAGGAACUACAAAUAAGUUAAGGAAUGUUCCAAGAAUACUGAUACAAUCAAUACUACAGAGACAUAUAGAUAUAGAAAUGAUAAAAAGUAAAAGUAUAGAUAUAGCAAUGAACAGUGUAGGGACAGGUUUGUUUGAAAAUAAAAUACACCCCUACAAUAUGUUAAAUCAAACUCAAAAAGUAAAUACUAAGCAUGUAGGACAGUUACAAGUGGAUAAAAAGACCUCAAUAAAAAAAAAAGAUAUCACGAAAGUGCAGAAAAACAGGGGGAAAUUAAGAAACUUGUCAAAGGUUAUUGUUAUGUCUUGUUAUAGAUUGUCUAGGGGGUGGAUUAAUUCAAUAAAAUAUAAGCAUAUUCUUCGAAAGGGAGGUAGACAACAAGCUUCCGUGGCUUAG